AUGACAGAGCCAAAGAACCAAACCAGCUCUACGAUUUCCACCCAAUGCGAGCUCAGAGAUCUGUACGAAUAUGAACCACUGCCAACCCCCACAUCCAUCAGACUCAUAAAAGUGGAAGGCAAAGACCAAGACGGGACAGUCCACGUACGACUAAAGACCAUCGACCUGAAAGACGCUCCCUGGUACCACGCCGUCUCAUACACCUGGGGAAACCCACAUACCGAGCUGCCCCACGUUCAAGCAACUCAUGAAACCUAUUCUCAGAAGUACCCACCUGACUAUCGAGAACCUAUAGUGGCAAACGGGAAGCUUCUACAUGUCAGCCGAAGCGCAUAUGACAUCCUAGUUUCCGUGCCGAAGGACGCAUGGGCAAAGCGGUGCAACCAGAGAAAUCCCAAGAACCAACUUCGCGCUACUAUUCAUUCAGCCUGUAUGACGAACAAGAAAGAGUACGUCGAGGAGUUGAUCUCUGCUGGGGUUGAUAUCGAUGUUCAAGAUGAAUAUGGUCGAACUCCGCUGUGCUAUGCUGCGAGGCUUGGGAAGCUUGAGUUCGUGGAACUCUUGCUUGCUGCUGGUGCUGAUCUCGAUAUUCUUGAUGGGAAUGAGAAUCGGGCUAUUGAUCAUGCUCGGGAAAGUGGGGUGGAGGAGAUUAUUAAAUGCCUUGAAGAGGCCGAGAAAAGAGUUAAGGUGCAUGGCACUUCCAGGUCAUGGCCCGAGGGCCCUCAGAUGUGGUGUUGGGUCGACCAGAUCUGUAUUGAUCAAAGCAAUCUCGAAGAGAGAGCUUCACAAGUGUCAAUCAUGGACCGGAUCUACGAAUGUGCUUCUUACACUCUCAUAUGGCUCGGGCUAGAAGACGACUAUACCGAGGUUGCUGUCGAGACGAUUCAAAAACUGUAUUCGGCGCAAGGAGAUCUUAUUCAUGACAAUGAAAUCAUUCCUUACAGGCACCAACCCAAGGAGGUAUAUGCCACAGCUGAGAUUCCAUAUGUUUCUCUAGAAGAGUGGACGGCUCUUGCUACGCUUUUUCUACGGCCAUAUCUAAGAAGACUGUGGGUUAUACAAGAGAACAUUCUAUCGGACACAUGUCUCGGAUACUGUGGUAAAUUCGAGGUCCCAUGGCGGGCAUUCUGCACAGUUGCCCAACAAAUCUACUUCCGACAGCUUGUCUUGGGGAGAGUUACUUCAACCGAGUUCAUCGACAUCAACAGUCCCGUGGUGGCCAUAGAGAGUGAAAUCGUGCACCUUACUCAAUGGAAAGAUCGUCUACAGAACGGCGAUCAAGCUUCCAUGCCCAAAACCCUCUCAUUAGAGAACCUGCUCUUCGAAACCUGGACCUUCCGCGCCACAGACCCAAGAGACAAGAUAUUUGGUCUCUACGGUCUUCUACUCAAAGCCGGACCUGUCCCCUGGAAACCAGACUACUCCAAAUCAGUAGCCCAAGUCUACGCAGAGGCUACAAAAGAAAUAAUCCAGAACGCCAAUGAACUACGCAUGCUCUCCGCCGUUCUCGAUCAUUCACUCCACAACAUCCCCGACCUCCCAUCAUGGGUCCCAGACUACAGCGUCCCAUUCUGCAACAUGAUGUGCGCCAAUUACAACGCUGCCGGAACCCUUCCUCAGCAGACCAUCCAACCCAGCUCUUGGAAUGAACUCAAAGUAUCCGGAGUGAAAAUCGACACCGUCCUACAAACAGGAAACACAACUUCCGGUCCCAAACAAAUGUCCAUGUUCUUCGACGCACGCUGGUUCGAGCUCGCCUUGCUCCUCCCACAUCCUUAUCACAACGGCCAGACCAGAACCGAGGCAUUGUGGCGCACAUUAUGCGCGGACCACAAGAAAGACGGCUCAUUCCCGGCCCCUGGCGCAUAUGGAGCCCUUUUCCGAAACAUGCUGUGUCAACUUACCUGUGUUAAAGCAGAAGAAACGGCCAGAGCCGCCGAACAAGACCCAAAUAUAGUAGUACUCGAAGCCGCUCUCCACCACAUCCGACAAAUCCUAUCAAAACCACCAAUAUCAACCCUCUCACUCGAAGAAAUCCAACGUACCUUCGGAAACCCAGAUACAAACCUCAGCAGCCCGGAUUUCCAGACCCUAACCCAUCUUCUCUACAAACUCCAUUUCCUGGGUAUGGUGGAGGAAGAUCCCUGGACGCCAACCAUCGAUGAAAUCGAGAAAUCUUACCGAAGAACUAAAUGGCAGACAUGGGAAGAAAGCAGUGCACUUCCUGGUGAUGACAUUGAAUUCCACGUGGCGCUUAGAAGUAAGCAUGGUAGACGGCGUCUGUUUGUAACCGAGAAGAGGUACCUGGGGCUUGGUCCUGCGUCGAUGGUUGAUGGGGACGAGGUCUGGGUUAUUCCUAGUGCUGGUGCUGCUUUCGUGCUGAGACCGGUUGAUAGGGGCAUAUUCAGGUUGGUUGGUGAAGCGUAUGUACAUGGGGUUAUGGAUGGGGAGGUUGUUGGGGAGUGUGAUGUGAAGCUUUCUAGUAUUUGUCUUGUUUAG